CUCCCCGGCUGCUGCCACGGCGCUCGGCUCCCGCCGCCCAGCGCGGGGCAGCGCUGCCGCCAGAAAGCGGCCCGGCCGCCGCGCACCCUCCUGCCGCUGGGCAUGAGCUCCGGCUCCCCCGGCGGCCGCAGCGGUGCCAGUGGCGGCGGCGGGCGGCGAAGGAGGAGGAGGCGGCGGCGGAGGAGAGGGGGGGCCCCGGGAGCGGCGACCUUCGCAGGGGGCUGCCGCGGCGGGAGAUGCGCUUGCUCCCAGCGGCGCCAGGAGCAGCAUGUUCCCCGGUGCCGACAGCGCUAGCAGCACGGCCGGGCAGCCCGAGGCGGCGGGGGCCGCCGCCCCCGGCCCGCUGGGCUCGCACGGCCCCGGUGGCGAGGCGCGCCGCCGCAGCGCCCCGGCGGCCGCCGCUGUGGUCGGCGGCGGCGAGGAGGAGGCGGCGGAAGACGAGGAGGACGAGGAUCCCGGCUCAUCCCGCUUCGUGCUGGCGGCGGGACUGGGGCUCCUGGCUGUGUCUGUCGUCCACCUGGGGCAGGAGCGGGCCGAGGCGGGGGGCGGCGGGCCGCCGUGCCUGGCGCUGCUGCUGCUCCGCCUCGCCCUCUACGUGGGCUGCGCCGCCGCUGCCGCCGCGCUGGGCACCCUGAUCGUCCUGAUGUGCCGCGGCCGCCGCCGCCUGCCGCCGCCGGACUUCGCCGCCGUCGCUCCGGUCCGGCCGGUCGCGGGGAGUAAUUGGUCUGGAAGCUCUCAUGAUUCAAUCCAAUCAAGGAGAGUGAUUAUUUCUCACAAUAUGGAUAAAGCACUGAAAGAAGUGUUUGACUACAGCUAUAGAGAUUACAUCCUGUCCUGGUAUGGGCAACUCAGCAGAGAUGAGGGGCAGCUGUACCAGCUGCUCUCUGAAGACUUUUGGGAGAUUGCCAAGCAGCUGCGACAGAGGCUGAGUCACAUUGAUGUAGUUAAAGUUGUCUGCAAUGAUGUAGUGAAAGCUUUACUCUCGCACUUCUGUGACCUUAAAGGAGCCAAUGCCAGGCAGGAAGAUCCACCGAAACCUUUUUUGCUGCACUCAUGCUUGAGGAGCUCUGAUGAAGAAGUAAGAUUUCUGCAAAAAUGUUCUCAAGUUCUGGUGUAUUGUCUCCUACCCUCAAAGGAUGUCCAGUCUGUCAGCUUGCGCAUAGUCCUUGCAGAAAUACUUGCAACAAAAGUACUGAAACCAGUGGUGGAACUGCUGAGUGAUCCAGAUUACAUUAACCGAAUGCUACUCAGCCAGCUGGAGUACAGAGAACAGAUGAAUGAACAUCAGAAGAAAGACUACACAUAUGCUCCUUCUUAUGAGGAGUUCAUCAAGCUCAUUAACAGCAGCUCCGAUGUUGAGUUCCUGAAACAACUGAGGUAUCAAAUUGUAGUGGAAAUAGUUCAGGCAACCACAAUCAGCAAUAUUCCCCAAGUGAAGAGACAGAAAGAUUCAAAAGGAAAAGAAACUGCAGCAAUGAAAGCUGACCUCCUAAGGGCUCGCAAUGUGAAGAGGUAUAUUAAUCAGCUGACAGUGGCAAAGAAGCAAUGUGAGAAGAGAAUAAGGCUUCUGGGAGGCCCUGCUUAUGAUCAGCAGGAAGAUGGCAUUUCUGAUGAAGGUGAUGGCCCUCCAAGUCAGAAGAUUCUUCAGUUUGAAGAAAUUUUGGCCAACCCUUCCUACCGAGAGCACUUCCGGAUCUACAUGGAGAGGAUGGACAAGAUGGCUUUGAUUGGCUUCUGGGAGUCUGUGGAGAACCUGAAGAAUGCUAACAAGGCUGAAAUACCUCAACUGGUGAGUGAAAUUUACCAGAAUUUUUUUGUGGAAAGCAGAGAAAUACCUGUGGAAAAAUCCCUUUAUAAGGAAAUACAGCAAAGUCUUGUGGGAAAUAAAGGCAUUGAAGUAUUCUACAGAAUUCAGGCAGAUGUUUAUGAAACUCUAAAGGACAGAUACUACCCCUCAUUCAUUGUCAGUGAUUUAUACGAGAGAUCAGUCAAGCAGGAGGAAGAAAGAAGUUCUGCUCAGCUAACUCCUGAGGACAAAGAUGAAGUGAGCCAAGGUUGUGAAGAAGCUACUGAAGAAUGCAGCACAAGAAUUAAUGAACAGGCCAGUUAUGCUGUAAAUAAACUUCGCCAGCUAAAUGACAAGCUUGAGUAUAAGAAACAGGCUCUAAAUUCCAUUUGUAAUUCACCAAAACCCGACAAAAAGAUUGUUUCUAAACUGAAGGAUGAAAUUACUCUGAUGGAGAGGGAGCACAGUGACCUUCAGCUGCACAUUGCAAGAACAGACUGGUGGUGUGAGAACCUUGGCAUGUGGAAAGCCUUCAUUGUCUCAGGAGAGGUUUUAGAAGAGAAUGGAGAACAAGUGCCCUGUUACUCUGUCAUGGUGAGUUUACAAGACGUUGGUGGAGCUGAAACUAAGAACUGGACUGUUCCCAGGAAGCUCAAUGAGUUUCAGAGCCUACACCGCAAACUCAGUGAGUGUUUUCCAUCAUUAAAGAAAGUUCAGUUGCCUUCUCUCAGCAAGCUGCCCUUCAAAUCCAUAGAUCAGAAAUUCAUGGAGAAAUCCAAGAACCAGCUUAAUAACUUUCUGCAGAAAUUACUCUCUGAUGAAAGACUCUGCCAGAGUGAAGCACUUUAUGCCUUCUUGAGCCCCUCCCCAGAGCACCUCAAAGUUAUUGAUGUGCAAGGCAAGAAGUCAUCGUUUUCACUCUCCUCAUUUCUAGAACGACUUCCUGGUGAUUUGUUUUCUCAUCAGGAGGAAGAAACAGAAGAGGACAGUGACCUGUCGGACUACGGAGAGGAGGUGGAUGGGAAGAAGGACUCUCUUGCUGAGCCGUGUUUCAUGCUGAUUGGAGAGAUUUUUGAACUGCGAGGAAUGUUCAAGUGGGUCAGAAAAACAUUAAUUGCACUAGUACAAGUCACUUUUGGAAGAACCAUCAACAAGCAAAUCCGUGACACUGUACACUGGAUGUUCAGUGAACCAAUGCUUGUUUACUACAUUGGUGUGUUUCGAGAUGCUUUUUGGCCAAAUGGAAAGUUGGCUCCACCACCGAGAGCCAAAAGUGAUGAACAAAAGCAGGAGACAAAACAGAGAGCACAGCAAAAACUACUUGAAAACAUUCCAGAUACUCUGCAGAAUCUUGUUGGACAACAAAAUGCCCGUCAUGGUGUAGUGAAAGUGUUCAAUGCAUUGCAAGAGAGAAAGGCUAAUAAACAUCUACUUUAUGUUUUGCUGGAACUGCUGCUAACUGAACUGUGUCCUGAGCUGAGAGCUCAUUUAGAGCAUCUUAAUGCCACUUAGGUUUGAAUCUGCACAAUUGGACCACUAGAGAAAUGUCUAUGUUCAAGAAUAGACAUGAAACUUAUUUUCCUCUUUUCCAUAGAGGGCUGAGGACUAUGAUUAUUUUUAGCAUUUUUCUUUCCUCUUGAGUUUUUUGUGAAGUACAGACUUGAAAAGAUCUGAUGCUGUUGUAGGGUAGACAGAAAAUGCUGUAUAGCUGCCAAUUUUCAUUUAAAUUGUUCUAUUUGACUACUCCUAUGUUUCAAAUAUAGAUUGAAAAAUAAAUGUUCAUAUAUGCUGAAAGAAACCAGAAGAUAUUUUAAACAUUUAUGGAAAGAAAUUCUGCUUCUAAUGGUAAACUAAUGAAUGUUGUACAGUUCUAAUCUCCUCACUGAGGAUCUGAGCAUUCCUUUUUUUUUCUUGUGUAUUGAAACAGCCUUGUUGUGCAAUACUACAUGUAAAGCUAUUGUGAAAAUUUUAUCAAUUUUGGUUUUACCAAAGAUUUCCUGUAGUUUGAAGCAUUUGUAAGCAAUAAAUAUCACAACUGGAUUGCAGCUUGAUAAUGAGGCUGUACUGACAACAGAUCAAUGGGUUUGACAGCACUAGUUUCAUAAGAAGUAUCUACAUUGCUUUGAAGUCUGUGUCAAAAUUAUGUAUUGUAAACUGGUAUGUCCUAACAGAAUGCCUGUGUUAAAUGUUAGUUCAGAGAUUAGUGCUUAUGAAUUGCUUCUAUGAUGAUCAAGUAGACAUUUAAUUAAACCAUUCUGAUAACUUCCCUGAUAUUAUUCAGGGCUGUUUUGUUCAAAUGCCCCAAUUUCAAAUAACCUUCAAAUCUUUCUCUUAUUUUAUACAAGGAAAGAAAACUGUCUUCAGUGGUUGAUGGUUUUUUUAAAUUUAUGUAAAAAUAUGUACAUAUGAUGUUAAUGCACAUCUAAAUAAUUAAACAUCAUCAAAAAUCCCUAGCUGACACUCACUACUGUCUUCUCAAUUCAGUACAGUUGUGCUCUUGGAAAAACUACUUGCAGUUAUGACUGGCUGUAUUGUAAGGUACAUACAAUCUGUAUGAUCUAUUUAAAUCAACAUUUUUAGUAACAUCUGCCUUUCUGUUCUAACAGUUUCAGAAGAGUUUUCAAGUCGUGGCACAAUACUAAGAAGCAAGGCAAGUUCUAUACUUACAAAGCUUCAUAAGUAAACAGGCAUUUAGAAAUGUGCAAGCUUACCACAGCAAUCAGUAAGUUUUCCUAGUGGUUAAUCAAAAUGUCUUUCCAUAAAAGAUCCAGCUUGACAUUGCUCAGACAUAAAUGCUCCUAGCCAAAAGAUUUCCAACUAUUUCUAAUACAGAGGCAGUGUGAAUGCAAUAUGAAGAAUUGAGGAAAACAGGCCUUGUCUUGGGGAUGUAUAUUCAAUAUUUCCAUACUAAUGUAGGGGCUUUUUUUCUACAGUUCUGUAAGUAGUGUUUAUUAGUUUUAGAAGCUGGUAUGGUUUAAAUUGUAAAGCUUGGGGUUCUACUGGACAGUUUCCAAUUUUGAAUCUCUGCAAUCCAAAAGAAAUAUGCAAAAAGACUUUUAAGUAAAUCUAGAUGCUUUAGAAAGUAUGUGGAAGAAAGUAUAAGCACCACUAACAAGUUAAGCUUUAAAAAUGGCCAUGGCCUGUAAGUGGGCUGUGUGUGAACAUGAGACAAGUUUGGGUUCAAGCUUUUCAGAAUAUUAAAAUUUAAAUAUUAUAAAUGCAAAAAGAAAACAAACAUCUUUCUUUGGUUUUGUUUUGAUUCAUGUGCUAUGUAGCAAUACGACAUGAAGAAAAUACAUCUGUCCCAGUGAACUGUCAUUAAUAAACCUUUAAGUCUUCAAUAUGAUUUUUAAAAAAUCUGUCUCGGCUUAUCUGAGUUAGAGAGCCUUUUUACUUUCUCUUCUAGAUAAAAUUAAUCAGUGAAUUGCUUUAAAUAAUAACUUAUAGGAAGUUGAAAAGCAAGCAGUAAGUGAUGAACAGUCUAAAAUUGCUGGAGAUUAAUGAUGGUUUAUUGUAGGAAAUAUAUUUAUAUACCAGUCACAGUUAAAAGAAACACUAAAUUCUCCCAAGAUUAGCUGCCAGUUCAAGGUGAGAAGCAACAACAGGAUCCAGAUAGCAUGCCUUUAAAAACAAAGAAUAUCAGAGUUCUAGUUUAUAGCUACAAUAAAAUUGUAUGUUAUCAAUAUGACAGAGUCUUUAAGUGUCAAAAAAUUGAGACAGUCAACUUGCUAAAGUAUUGAAGAGUUAACAUAUUUCGAUUUGAAUCCAUUUUCUGAUGCCACUUAAAAAAAAUAGUAUUUAAAAUUAGCAUACUGGACUAUAGUGUUAGUCUUGGCUUUAUUUUUUAAAAAUUCUGUAUGUUGGCAUGGCAUAUGCAGCACCACAGUCAGAAAAAUAAAUCUGCUUACAGACUGGAUGAGUUUCACUUACAUCCAUUGUCUAUUUUAGGACGUUUAGCAAUGCCCACAUUCUCUUUCUCAUCUCUUACAAAACUGACUUGGUAAGUGAGUCAAUGGUAGGCCAAAACCAGAACUAAGCAGUCAAUUAAAACAAAAAAACCUGGACACCUCCACAACUAUUUUGAAGUUACCGUUUCUGGGAGUUUUCUAGUUUAUUUUAUGUUGCUUCUCUUUUGCUAUUGAUUUAGAGACACAUGACACCAGUCAUAGGAACCAUCUCUAUAUAGUGAGACAUUAAUGACACUCCCAGACCAGUCUCAGGUGUACAGUGAGUGAAUAAUGAGUGAAAGCCAUGGUCUUUUCAGUUGUGGCAGUUUUAUCACACUUAGAAGUCAGUGGGAAGGGCUACGCUCCUAAAAUGCCGUGCAACAGUUUAAUCCUGAUGGACCUCUUCAGUGCCUUAACUAGGAAUGAUCAUAAUACCUCAGUUUAUGUUCCUGUCCUGAUGGCCUUCUCAUCCUAUCCUCUGUAACAUUUUUCACAGUGGGAGAACAAAAUAUUUAAAAUGUCUGUAUUCAGAUCACCUGCUCUGCUAAGCCUUCUCUAUCAGUGACUUCCCUGAGUAAAGAGCCACAAAAUUUGCUUGAUAAUUUAUAAUUUCUAUAACUCUCCAUUCAUUUAGAUUGCACCAAGAUGGACACACUGUAUUCUACAUGCAGAAACAAAUGGUCACUACAUGCACAGAAACCACAGAGUCACUGAAGCACAGAUGCCAAGUUGCCACAUUCCCUUCAGCUGGUAAAACUGCCUUGCCUUGAUGCCUUUAGGCAUCACUGAUAUUACUCAACAGGUUAAUCUUCUAGAGGCCAUUAUUAGUAUUUUUCCUCAAGCUCAUUUUCCAUCAGUCUUACUUCAAAUUUAGAACUUCGGAAAAAAUGUAACUGAUUUUUUUUCCCCUGUAUAUAUUGAACAGAAAAAGCAGUAGAUCCUCAGCUAUCAUGGAAAAUGUAAAUAUAAAAAUACGCAUGAGAACCAGUUACGGCCAAUUUAAUAAAGGUUGUAAUUUUUACAGAUGCUAAAGUAUAAGGAAAAAUAACAAUUUUUCAGUUGUGAGAGAAUGACAGACAGCAAAUUAAUUUGGGAUACAGUUAUUCAGAUUGUUUAGCUAAUUUAUCUUGCUCUUUGCUGUGUUGAUUGCCAUAGAUUUUUUGUUGUUGUUGGUUAUAUUGCUUGCUGAAGUAGUUGGGCAGACAGGCUAUUUUCAAGGCUAUUUUUAGUAAUUUUCAGUACUAAACUACUAAUAAUUUCUAUCACUCUACAUGUUCUUGCAAAUAUUUUUUUAACAUGGUGUUGGAGACCUUAAUGAAAUAGCAAGUUUAGACUAGACUCAGACCCAAGGCAUCACUCCAUUUCACGAGAUACAAACCAGUCUCUAAGACUUUCUUGACUUACUUUAGAAUAGUACGUCUUAGCAGCCUGCUGGUUUUUCUCUGUGCCUCGGCCAAGCUGGAGGCAUCUAGCCAAGUAGAAAGCAGCCAUAGCAGCCCCCUUGGCUAAAUAUGUUGGAUGACAAUCAGUUACCUUGGCUAGCAUGCUGAUGUCCUCAUUUGCUGUAGCCCUGUUGUGGAAUUUAGAGCAUUACGUUAGAUAAUGUUAGUUCAAGAAAUAAUUAAAGUUGACCAUAUAUGACUUUGACAAUGCCUCCUUUCUGCUUACAUUGUUAUCCAGAAUGAGCUGAAAUUUACAUGUAUUAAGCAUAUUAUGAGGAUUUGAUUUUAAGUUAGUCUUCCUUGAAUAUUGUGGUAUUAAACAGCAAACAAGUAUACAACUUUUGAAGUCACUUUCAAUAUAGUUAUGUUAGUUAUAAAAGGCAACAUAGUUUAUGCUAAUUGUUUCCAUUAAAUUAUGUUAUGGAAAUUGUAUGUGGAAGAAAGGCAAACUCUUAUUUCCUGUAGUAUUUAAUGUAGCUUUUAUUUCCUCUUAUUUCACUACAAUCUCAUGUACUGGGAAAUGUCCCUGCCCACAGCACAGGGCCUGGAGCUCUAGACAGUCUUUAAAGAGCCAACCCAAACCAUUCUGUGAUUCUAAAAUUUUCAGUUCUUACAAGGAUAUUGGCAAAUUAUAGUAAUCUGAAAAUCUUGGACAUAUGAGAGCCCCUGGUUACAAAACUCUGUCAGGAAAACCACUUACCACUGUCUCAGCUCAAUUAUUUCCUUUCUUCUGCGUGCUUGCUGUUAUCUUAGUUUCAGUAUGUUUUUACUAAUAAUGAUUUUAAGAAUCAGAGGGACAAAGUGAAUGUUGUUUUAACUAUCAAGCUAAAAAUUAUCUAGUAUAAUCACUAUAAUAUUAGAAAAUUCUAUAGCUAAGUGGGAUUUUUUUUUCUGUUGUCUUAAAACAGAUACCCCCAAGCCCUAUAUCCUUUUCAGGUACCAAACAGUUAUUAUAUGCUUCUUUACGCAUGAUUUUAGCUGUGUCAAAGUCACAGACUUGACAGAAGAAGGAAAAGUGCAAGUGAUUUCAGUUUAUAGGUGCUUCCUAUAAAUGAGUGUUUAUGAAAGAUUGUUCUCAAAUGACCUUCUGCACAUCAGUGCCUGCUAGAUCAUCUGGAAGUGUUGGGAAUGAUGUUCUUCCACCUAAUUCAGUCCAUUAACAAACACAGUAACACAACUGUUCUUAUCUAGCAAGAACGUUAAAAUAGAACAACAGUAACAUAUUACCUCUUGUUGUUCCUGAUACGUAACAUAUUCCCCUUCCUUUCCAAAAGAUAAUCUGUAGAAUGCUGAUGCAAAUAAUGAUAUCCAGUCAAGUCAGGCAAAAAUUCUAUUUCAGCACAGCUGACUUCAAGAGCAUACCACAGCAACUGGUAAGUACAACUGUGUGGGAUAACUGAAUUAUCUGAAGUGAAGUAUUAGUAGGUAAUGUAGACUCCAAAUAUUAGGCAAGGUUAUACUGUACAUAGUCACAUAAUGUUUUAUGCUUGUAUAUAAUGUAACAAAUGUACUUGCUACGAACCUAGAUGGACAAAUUUUAGCAGAAAAGGUAUCAGUGCUUGAUCUUACUGGCUGAACGGCUGAGAUUUUUGCCUCAAGGCUAUCUUCAGUUCUAAUUAAGUGUAACUGUUUCAAGUAUGCUUUCAGUAUUUUACUUCAGAAAUGGUCACCUCUGACAAUACUCUGGGAUCUCAUUGCUAUUUUCUUCAAUUGCAGUUGCAGCUGAUGAGGUGCACUCUUUAUUUGUCUCGACAAUCUACCAUGCAGCAUUGACUGGGGGGGUUCAUUCCCAGUGAGACAGGCUAGACCAGACUAAGCAGUUAUCGCUCCAGUUUGACAGUGCAAAAGAAAGAAAAGCAGCAUUCAGAGAGAAACAGUCCUUCUCAGCGUGGAGUAGAGCAGACAGCAUCCAUAGCUGAACUACUGAAUUAGCCAGAGCUUCUGCUACUCAGUGGCAUGUAGUGCAGCUUCUGUAAGAUGGUUAAGUUGUGACAUGGCUGCUGUUGUGCAGCAGAAGCUAUGUAGACAAAAAGCAAGCAGUGUGCAAACAGUCAAUCUAUCUGGAUCUUAUUUCCAUCAAGUCAAUAAUCUGAUUGACAGAUUGAACUUCUAUCAAUACACUGGUAAACUCUGGAGGUUUGUCACAGAAAUGUGCUGUUCAUCAGCCUUAGAACAUUCUGCCAACACUGCUCUUGUCCUGCUUGACUAGUUCAAGAUACAGAAGUGGAGCUGAAGUGAUUGCACUUGUACCAUGUUCCAAUCAACUGGGGAAUAAACCAGGCCAACCAGAGCAGCAACCAAAUAUUCCUUAACUGCUUCCCAGAUGAGGACCAGAAGACAACCACCUCAAGUGUAUGUGUAUGGUGCACACAGCUGGGACCAAACAGGAGGAACUGGAGCUCUGCACCCACUCCAAGUCACACAGCCACAGGAAUAACUGAAGCAAGGUGGAGCAACUCACAUGACAUGACAGAAUGAUUGUGAAGGAUGGCUACAGGCUGUUUUGUAAAGACAGAAAAAGAGGACGAGUCAUGGACUGAAUUAAGGAGAACCUUGAAUGUGGAGAAGUAAACUAUGGCAAUUCUGGAAGCCCUAUUGAAUGCCUCUAGGUCAGGAUCAGAGGAAUCAUCUCAAGAGGGAUCUUACACUAAGCAUCUGUUACUGACCUCUGAAUCAAGACAGUAAGACCAAUGAGAUAAUACUUGGGUCACUUAAGUAAGCUUUGGGUAACAAAAUCUGGAUCUUAUGGGUGACUUGAACUACCCAGGCAUUAGAUGCAAGAAGAAUACAGCAACUCCCAGGACAUUAAUGAAGUUCCUGGAACGGAGCAGUGGAGUACUGCUGCCUCAACCAAAUGUCAGAUGUGCCAAUCAGGAAGGAGACACUGCUUCACUUGCUACUCCCAAAUCAAGAAAAUCUACUUUGUAGGACCUCAGUGAGUGAUAGCCUUGGAUGCAGUGAUUACAAUACUGAGGCUCUGGGAUCCUUUUGAGCACUCUGGGGAUUAAUAUUAACACAAAGGUUUCAGAUUUCAGAAUAGUAAACUUCAGCUCACAGCACAGUGGGGAGGGUCUCCUUGGAAGCUUUCAUGGAGAAUAAAGGAGCUAGUGAGUGCUGGGAAUUUUUCAAGAAUGCUUAUCCUGGAAGCACAAUGAACUGUCUGUUCAUCCCCUCUAAAGAUUUCCAUUUUCACAUGCUUCUGAAUGCCAGAAAAAGGCCUAAACAAGAGGCACAAAGUUGGGCCUCUUCAGCUGAAGGUUUAACACCACAUCCUUCAUAAUAUGCCCUGCCAAGAUUGUAUGCAGCUGCAAACUUCAAGUGACUUGCUUCUGGGGAAUCAGAGUUGAGUAUUUUAUUCAUGUAUUCCACUCCCCUUCCCUAAAAUUGAGCCAUAUAAGUCAUUAUGUUCAGACUGUGAAGAGGAUGAAAUAUAUAACCUGAGAAUGCACUAACUUCUGCCAGACAGGUAAUUUUUUCCCCUUUGAAGAAAGGCUGAGCCAUACUGGCAGGACAGCUUGGGAAACAGCAUCAUACCAAAGCAGAACUGAUCUUUGGUUACUAGACAACCCCAUAAUUUUUGACCCCAGCAUAUUUUUAGUGUGAAACAUUUCCUCAUAAAUGCUCAUUUGAUACUAUAUUACUCUUCUUCACUGACAAAAUUUUUCCCAAAAAUAUUAUUGUGCUUAUGUAAAUGAAUGUCACAUCCUACACUUGUAACAUUUUCAAUUUCAGAAUUCUGAGAACUUUUUAAUAUUGCAUAGUGUAUCUGAAAUAAUAAAACAAACUUAACAAGAAGGCAAAGUGAUACAUAGUACACUUUGAAGUCCCUGCAGUUAAAAUACCUUAGACUCAUAAAUGACAAAAUCUGAUAAUGUUAAAUAAGCAGAACAUUGCAUAUGAGCAACUGGGCCUCAGAAUUUAGAAAUAAGAUUUACACUGUUAGGAUUUAGCAUGGACACCCUUUUUAAAUAUGCUGGAAACAGUCUUUUAUAAAAGGUUUUGCUUUUAUUUAGCUUUCAUAUUGUAAUAUACAAGAAAGAAAGGAACUUUGUUAAAAUGUUUAUUUGCAAGUAAACAAAUGUGGUAAUUAUGCAGACAUACAGAAAAAAUAAACCACCUCUAAACCCCAGUCAGAAUGUUUUCAGUUCUGCUGACAAUGCUGUAAGCACCAGACAGGAGUCCCAUUUGUUAAUAUACACUUUGGUUCAUUUAUUUUGGCCUUUUGUCUUAUAAUCCAUCCUUUUAUUCCCAAUGCUUGUGUUUUCCUCAUGCCACUUUUUAAGAUCAUCUUCACCAACAAAUUAAAGUCUCCUUAUUGUAGCAAAGCA